CCAACACACAUCGAAUCGUUGUACACACCCUGGAAAGAACAAACCUCAGCGAAACGUUUCCCCCAAUUCUCCUAUUCGUCCAACAGGGGUUGACUUUACCCGUCCAUUCACUUCCGUCUCUCUUGCUCAAGUCACUAAUAAAGUGAUCUGUCACGAUGGCCGAUUCAUCAACUCUAUCACAACCUCCAGCGCCGCCUUCGUCGCAACCACCACCUUCAUCCCAGAUCGGCUCACAAGAGCUUCCGUCAUCAUCAACACAGGCAACAGUACCAGGAGAGUCAUCGGUACCGAAACAGGAGCCAAAUACGACGGAUGUCGAAGCCCUUGACGCCUCCAUCGCGCAGGAUAUCGAUAUGAACACCGGUGGCAUUACCAACGCUGCAGGCGCAAGCGACGGAGAUAAUACGAUAGGGAACCCCGUUCAAGAUGCAGUGCCUACAUCUGUCGACGCUAUUGCAGCGGCAGUGGCACCAUCGAAGAAGGAGACGAGUUUGCGCGAGUUUCUGGGCAAGAUGGAUGAUUAUGCGCCUAUUGUAGAAAAGAAACGGACCGAACCAAACCCCCCACAUCUCGCCCGACUCCUCGCUCUCGCAACACAGAAAUUCAUUGCUGAUAUUGCGGCGGACUCAUAUCAGUACGCACGUAUCCGCGCCUCGAACAGUACAUCAGCCAGCAACCCCAUGGGCAGUCUGAACGCUGCCUCAGGUUUGAACAUACCCGGCGGUGCUGGAGCUGGCGCAGCAGGCGGCGCAGCGGGCGUUGGUGGCGGCGACGCAGGCAAAGGCAAAGCGAACACACAUCUAGGCAUUCAGCGUCCUGGUUUUGGCGGUGGUGGCUCCGGUGGCUCUGGGCAAGGUCGGACGGUGCUCACCAUGGAAGACUUGGGCAUGGCUGUUGCAGAGUAUGGUGUCAGCGUCAAGAGAGGGGAAUUUUACCGGUAGAGAAGGCUGGGUCCUCGUGACGGAACACACCGCGGUGGUCAGUACAGCCAGCAUGCGACCGGGUGUCAUCCGCUUGGCCUGAAUGAUUCUCCGUCUGCACGGUUGAUAAAGCUCAUCCACGAGAUUUGGGCGACUUAUGAGAGAUUUUGACGUUAUAUUCAUACGCAGUCUUGGCGAGAGGGAUUAUGGUGGCUUUCUCUGGGAAGGCAGAUUUUUCAAUUUUAUUUGGCGUACAUACCGGGUUGAGGACGACGGAUAUCCUGCAUUGGGGUUUCUUAUAUUUCGAAAAGAAUUUUCCUUUUCUGAACUUUGCUCGCAGGCGUUUUUGGAAGGCUGAAUGGGACACAUAUUCAUUGGUGUUCAACCCAACAAGUAUACAACUCUGAUAUCCAGAAUGAAAAUAUUGACUUUCGCAAAACCUAAAUA